CUACACAUGCAUGCAUAUUCAAAUUUCAUAUUCUCUUAUCGUUAAACCCUUAGAGCAACUUCACCAUCACCAUCACCAUGAGUCACUUCAACAAUCACCAAGAGGCCCCUGAAGUUUCAUAUCCACCAUCAGGUCAAGCUUAUCCUGUAGCUCCAAAUGUUAGUGCCCCACCUCCUAUGGGUUAUCCUUCGAAGGAUGAUCCUGCAGUUGUAGGGUACCCCCAACAAAGGGUUCGACAGGAAACUAAAAGCAGGGGUGAGGGGUUUUGGGAGGGAUGUUGUGCUGCUUUAUGUUGCUGCUGUGUCCUGGAUUGUUGCCUCUGAUAGAAUCAUGGCACAUAUUUGCAUGUGUUUUUCACAUUGUUACCUUUCUAUUGUAUUCUCUGCACUAUGCAGAAGAAUAAGGAUCUUUGUCACCUUGGACAGAGUGAAUUGUUGAUUUUUCCUUGUACUUUGAAAUUUUUAUGAUGUAUUAUUUAGUCACUAUAUUGUACGAUUUUUUUUAUCAUAAGUUAUUUGUUUGAGAA